GCGAGCCUGAGAAGUUACCGCUGUCAGCUCUGCCAUUGCCCGUCGUAGUAAACACCGGAGCUACAGCAUUGCUUUAGUAAUUCAUAGGUAAACAGACACGCGUGCAACAGCUUCGCUUGGGUUGGACGUUAUGUAGAGUCAUAUCAACGCAUUUGGCAUUACCGUCCAUUCACUCAAAGGUACAUUUGUCAGAGAAGCCAGUAAUUCAUAUUCUGCCAAAUGCCGUCACCACAAGUCCUCCAGCCAGUUCUUAAAAUGAAGGUGGAUGAGCUCUUUCUCAACUGGUUGAGUGAUCCUGCAACCCAGUCACUACUCAAAGAUUAUCUUGACCUAAUCAAAAGCGGACAACACAUUGAUCUGAGCAGUGGCAGCACCCAGGACAAAAGGUUGUUGACCUUCAAUGAGAACAACAAUGUGGCAUCCCAAAAGAACCUGGCAGAGAAGAAGACCGCUCCCCUCAGCACUCCCUCCAGCCCACCAUCUUCCAGUACCCUGCCAUCUGGCAGUAGCAGUAAUACCAGAGUGACUGGACCCAAUGGCAGAGUGUUACGGAGGUCUGUCAGCACAAAAAAGGCCCAGGUGAGGACGGAGGAGCCCGUCACCACAGCGCUGAGCGAAAGCAUUCCGAAGUUUCACUUCCCACAGGGUCGGCCCCAAGCCAACCUCAACAUUGACAGCCUCAUUUCCAAAAUUGAGAAAAUAUUUUCCCAAUUCCCAAAUGAAAGGGCCACCAUUGAGGACAUGGGGCAGGUUGCCAAGGCCUGCGAGUGCCCUCUUUACUGGAAAAUGCCAUUGUUCUAUUCAGCUGGAGGAGACAGGACCGGCUUCGUGUCCGUUCACAAGUUCGUGGCUAUGUGGAGAAAAACUCUGCAGACCUGUCACGAUGACGCUUCUAAAUUUGUGCACCUCUUGGCCAAGCCUGGCUGUAAUUACCUGGAACAAGACGACUUUAUUCCAUUCCUGCAGGAUGUGGUGAACUCACACGCAGGCCUGGCCUUUCUAAAGGAGGCACCGGACUUUCACUCACGAUACAUCACCACGGUGGUUCAGCGGAUAUUCUACAAUGUGAAUCGGUCAUGGACUGGAAAAAUAACAUGCGCUGAGCUCAGGAAAAGUAACUUUCUUCAGAACGUGGCGUUGCUGGAGCAGGAAGAGGACGUGAACCAGCUGACAGAAUUCUUCUCCUAUGAACAUUUCUAUGUGAUCUACUGCAAGUUCUGGGAGCUGGACACUGACCAUGACCUCUACAUAGACCAGAAGGACCUGGCACAGCACAAUGACCAAGCCAUCUCCCUUAAGAUGAUUGAGAGAAUAUUCUCAGGCACAGUAACAAGAGACAGACGGGUAUAUAAGGAAGGGCGGCUGAGUUAUGCUGAUUUUGUGUGGUUCCUCAUCUCUGAGGAGGACAAGAAGACAGACACCAGUAUAGAGUACUGGUUCCGCUGUAUGGACCUGGAUGGGGAUGGGGUGCUAAGCAUGUACGAGCUGGAGUAUUUCUACGAGGAGCAGUGUCAGAAGCUGGAGACCAUGGCUAUUGAGCCCCUUCCCUUUGAGGACUGCCUCUGCCAAAUGCUUGACCUUGUCAAGCCUGAGGUGGAAGGUAAGAUCACUCUGCGGGACCUUAAAAGGUGCAAGCUGUCUCACAUCUUCUUCGACACAUUCUUCAACAUUGAGAAGUACCUGGACCACGAGCAGAAGGACCCCUUCUCUGUUGUAAGGGAGAUGGAGCCAGACGGCCAGGAGGUGUCAGACUGGGAGAAAUAUGCUGCAGAGGAGUACGACAUCCUAGUGGCUGAGGAGGCCGCCAACGAUCAGUGUAACGACGUGUAUGAGAAUCCUUUGAGCCCGUUAGGGCAACACAUCUCCAGUGAGCUGGGUCUGACAAAGAGACACUUCUUUGAGAUCCCCAGUCCGCACUGCAACCUGGACCUGGACGAAUAUGAAUAUGAAGAUGACUUUGAAUGACCCUCGACCUGCUGAGCGCUGCGCGCUCCCAGACACAAGUCAACCAGCAGCGUUAGUCGAUGAAUCGCACCGAGUCCGGGACUCGCAGGUUCAGGCCCGGUUCCCAACCUGCGUGACAGGACACACAUGAAUAAACAGGGCGUGAAGGCAAAACCAGAAGACACCGUCAGAGCACUGGUGGGGUCAGAUGUGCUGGAGAAAUGGAUACAGGAUCACACAUUUGACUAACAGGAAAUGUGAAGUGGUCAGAGCGGGUGGUUCUUCACAAUUCUCUACUCUACCAGAUGUUUUAUUAUGUACCCUCAGUUGUCACACCACAGCUGACUUCAUGAUGUCACAAGCAGCACACUGAGACCUUUGCUCCAUCCCCACAUAUUGACAAAGGAAAAGUUAAGUUUUGCAUGCAAUGCUUUGUACAAGUAAUGUUUGGGGCGAGUGUUUUUCAUCUUAACAUCACCACGGUGUAAUCACAUUCACAUGCGCUAAAUCACAUUCUUCACACACCGGAGCUCGUCGGAGUGCUAGAAAGAAACCAUGUUGAUUUGAUUCAGGUUUUGAACUAAUAAUCUUCUGAAGUCAUUGGCUAAUGUUACAUUCCAGUGAUCACAGCUGAAUGUUUUCUGUACGACUGUAAAUGCAUUAAUGGUUGUUUGUUGAGAUGAGAAGUUACUGUAAAUGCCAAACAAGCCACCGUUGAGCCUGCUGUACACACAGAGCACACAGUUCAGACUGCCACACUCAUAGAUUGUACAGGUCUGCAUUCAUUAUGACUUAGAUUUCAUGUAUGUGUGAGAUAUAAAUUAUUAGAGAUGAAUUUAUAAAUAACUGUAAAUAUUUAUUUGGUGAUUGCUGUGUUGUAAAUGAUUUGGGCAAGUGUUUUAGACAAAUUCUUUUUUCUAUGUUAUUAAGUACUUAAUUUGAAUGUACUUUGACAGAACAAAAGGAACCAAUUUUAAAAUGUUUUGCUUUUCUUUAAAUUAAUAAUAAAGGUUAAUGGAAAA